UGAAGUCGCAACGUUUACUGAAUAACAGACACUUUAUAUAUAUAUACGUCUCGUACAGCUACGCUUCGUGUAAAGAUCACGCGAUUGAUUAUUCGCGAUUGAUCUAUUCGUGUAUUUAUUUGAAAUUAAAUAAGAGACAUUUCCGUUUUCUCCAACCGCGCGAGUGAAUCCAUAGUUUGUGGCGGGGGCGUUCGCCGGACGUCUAUGAGUUCACGGCACUCGAAGGGGUUGACGCGACAAGCAGUCUCGGCGAGAGUCGACCUGAACGGUCUCUGAAAUAUCGUUAUGCAGCGACAAAGCUGGAUACAAGGUUUGACAAGAAAUUCGUGAGAAUUGAUCUCCGAUGAUUCACCGCCAGAAUCCUCAUCUUUGGACCCUCCUCGCAGCCUUGAAUUAUAAUGCUAAUUUAAGCAGGAUAUUUUCGCACGACAAACAAAUGAAGCACCUUACGACAUUGUUAAUCGUCACGAGCGAUGCUGUCCGACAGGCGAACAGUACCAAGCGCGCUCCUCUGCGAAGAUGACGUGCGCAUGUAUUGAAGAUAUAAAUCAACGCGAUAACGCACGUCGAGCGGGGUGAAGAAUAUCCGGCACGGAUCGCGAUCCUCUUUCUUUUUCUGCCAGUCUCACAACACGCCUUCUUUAUUAUAGACGCGAGCCCGCAAUUUUUCGGUACAAAACGGUCUUCCGACUUCAUCUCGCAAAUUGUUUCCGUCGCGAGUCGACACGAUGGUGCGCGCCGAUAAAUGCGACACCGAGUCGAAACCGAAGUUUUCGAUCGCUUCGUCGGACAGUGAAAAGCAAGAUCAUGCGACACAGAAGCUGAAGAGUGCCGACGUAGGAAGAAAGCGCUUUCAAUUUUUAGCCAGUUUGUGCGCCGGGAUAAUCGGCGUUCAGAGCGGCAUAACGCUCACUUGGACGUCACCGAUACUGCCGUACCUCAUGUCGGAUGCGUCCUUUCUGCCUGAGCUGUCCGAGAGCCAAAUCUCCUGGAUAACGUCCUUGCUGGCGUUAGGCGCCAUCGUAGGCGCCGUGCCUGCCGGCAAGAUCGCCGACCGUAUUGGCCGAAAGUGGUCCAUAAUCUUGACGACCGUGCCGUUCGCGACGAGCUGGCUCAUCCUGAUCUUUACCCGAGACGUCGUCAGCAUAUACAUCGCCAGAUUCGUCGGCGGGAUCGGUGCCGGCGCGGCCUGCGUCCUAGUGCCGGUCUACAUCGGCGAGAUCGCCCAGGCGUCGAUCCGGGGCGCCCUCACCGCUUUCUUUCCGAUCCUCCUCUCUUUGGGGAUUGUUUUGUCCUUCGUGGCGGGCGCUUACUGUCCCUACGCGACCUUCAACUCCAUCUGUUGCGCCCUAUUGCUGCCCCUCGUCCUCAGCGCACCCUUCAUACCGGAGUCGCCGAUAUGGCUGGUGCAGCAGGGCCGUAAGGCCCAAGUCACUAAAGUCCUGUUAACACUGAGGGGAUCGAAAUACGACAUUACGGAUGAAAUAACCGUCCUCCAGGACGACGUAGGCAAGGUGAUGAACGUGCAGGGCGGCUUCAAGGAUCUCAUCGGCACGAAGGCCGGGCGUAGAGCCAUCAUCGUCUGCGUGGGACUGAUGAGCUUCCAGCAACUGUGCGGCGUGGACGCGAUCCUCUUCUACACGGUCACUAUCUUUCAGGAGGCCAACAGCACAGUCGAUCCAUUCGUGGCGAGCAUCAUCGUCGGGCUCGUCGAGGUCUUCAUUACGAUAAUCGUCGCCACCGUCAUCGACAGGUUCGGCCGCAAGCCGCUUCUGAUAAUAUCUGGCGCAACGAUGACCAUCGACUUGGCUAUCCUGGGCUAUUACUUCAAGCUCAAAAACGAAGGCGACGUGAGUGCCAUCGGAUGGUUACCGCUCACCUGUCUCUCCGCCUUCAACGUCUUCUUCUCCAUCGGUUACGGUUCCGUGCCGUUCACGGUGAUAAGCGAAAUAUUCCCGCCGCAGACCAAGGGCGUCGCCAGCAGCAUGUCGAUCGUGGUGCACUGGAGCCUGGUGUUCGCCGUUACCAAGUUAUUCCCGUCCAUGGAGGACGGGAUGGGUCCGGCCGCAACCUUCUGGACGUUCGCCUGCUUCACCGCUGCGUCCACCGUCUUCGCAUAUUUCCUGGUGCCGGAGACGAAAGGGAAAACGCUGCAGGAGAUACAGAAGAAGCUCGAACGGAGCAAGUCGAGUACGGAGUACCCGGUCGAGCCGCUCUGAAGGUCGGGCCAGCCGAAAGCGUUCACCUUGUCGCGCUUUUGCAGCGCCGAGAUUGGGAGCGAUGGCUCCGAAACGUCCAAGUUUUCUCCAAGUUUCGAUGCGACGAAGAAGAGGUGCGAUUUUUUUCUUCCUCUUUUUUUUACAAGAAGCGUGUCGUCUGUCAUAGAAAAAUCGCAAGAAUCGUGAGAGAGAUAGAGAUCUUCAAUUCGUGUAAAUUAUUUAUAUAUUAUUAAUUGUGCUAAUUUAUAUGCAAACGAUAUACAUGGAGGAGAUAUUACAGUAAAAAUUACUGUAAAAGUUUGUAAUAUUUGAUUAUAUCGGAGAAUUAUCGUCGAAAUUAUUAUGUGUAUUAUAAUUUCUAGAUGUGACAUAUAACUAUCACUAAAGAUUACCACACAUGUCAUAAUUUCAGAGUAAGUAAGUUUCAUAAGUUAAGUUUUGCUAUAAUAUUUUCACCAUGUAUAGUGGUUGAGCUCAGAUUUUCUGUUGUCAAAAAUCUGUAUUAUCUUUAGUGCGAAUUAGGAGUAGGCGAUGUCAAAAAAAUAGAAUCCAUGUCCUAGUUUUGAGAAAUAUCAAUUAUAUCUUAAAGCUAGCAAAAAACAA